AUGGCGCUGGAGGGCGACUACGGGGAUGGAGGACGAGACGACCUCAGCCCGGCAUCCCUCGGCGAGAGUACCCAAGGUUGGCCAAGCUUGUUCCGAAGUACAAACAAGGCCACGCCCAAUCUGGCAGAGAUGCGGAGUUCCCUGGUGAGGGCACUCUCCGAUGUGCAGCGGGAGACGCACAGGUUUGUCGACAGCCUCCCGGCCGACGCCAAGGGAAUGGUGUCCACCUUGCCCAUGGCGGAAGUGCGGUCGUGGGAGGAGGCGGAGAAUGAUAACCUGCAAGAUGCGGCGGCGAGCAUUCGCGGAGGUGACAAGCGCCUGUGUUGGACCUCGGAGGAAGUCGAGACCAUGCGAGGAAUGCUCUGUGGCCUCCUUGUGCAGACUGCCUCGAGCCUUGCUGAUCUUCAGAGGCUCCGCGUCUCCGGCAGCCACUGGCCGAGCGCCGACCAGUUUGGCGCGUGCCUCGGCUGUAGCUGA